UCAGCGGGAGAACCCGAACAGAAUCGAGAGUUAUAGGAAGAAAAGACCAGGCGAAUUUAUUUUUGGGGAAUUAAGUGACGUUUUGUGAUCUUAAAUGUUUUCAUCUAACUGUCAGUUCACUCGGGAUAUAUAUUAUUGUAGGUUGCCAGUAUGCGACGCUCAGGAGCUCCCAGUCAGCUCUUAGGUAAUGCUGUGAAAAAGCCUCGGUUUGUGUCCCCUGGAGCAUCUACUUCAUGUCUCGCAGCCGAAUCCAAGCCCCUUAGCCCUAAACUUGGUUUAGGCAAUGCACUGGAAAAGGUCCAGAGAAGUUUAGCAGCACCAGCUCCGAGUAAAACAGAGUAUGAUGCCCAGCCCGCUCCAGCCUUGUCAAGGGCUCUGGCUCGGGUUCUCAGUGCAGCGGAAAGUAAGGAAAAUGAGACCGAACAUCCUAACACUGGCUCGGAGGAGUACACGGAAGACAACGGUCCAGCAGGAGUGAAUGGCCACCCUCAGUUGACUUCGGGGUCUUCUCAAACCCCCCAGCAGCCUCCAGUGAGGUCAGUCUGCGUUUCUGGAGCUGCAGGCUCAGACUCUGACUGCAGUCAGAAUGGAGCGCGUUACUUCAGUGUGAUGUGGUGUAAAGCCAGUAAGAAGAAACACAAGCGCUGGGAGGGUGAUGCGGUCCUGAUUACAAGAGGACGCACAGCCACACUGAAAGAUAUGGAGGGCAAGGACAUUGGCAAGGGAAGUGGCUACAAGGUGUCCACACUGGCCUCCCUGUCCGAUGGAGAGACCCUGACGAUCGGAGGGAAGGAAGUGGAGGUGAUGGGGGUCAUUGCUGCUGAGGACUUCGCCAGGGGACGUUGUUUCCUAGAGGUCCAGGUAGAGAAAGAGGAGUCACACACAAAGUCGGCUCCACCUCCCUCUCGUGGCUUGGGGUCCAAACCUUUCUGCUCCCCACUACUGUCAGGGAGAGCAGAUCAUCCAGGAUCUAAACCUGAGAAGGAACAAACCUGCAGACCUCGCCAUGACCCGCUGGCUCCAGGCGCACUGGUGAUGCCUCGUCCCUCUGCUAACCACCAGUGGUCUAAUAACAAGGCGGGGCUUCCUGUGGUGGAUGUUGUUGUUGACCCGUACCUGACUACUCACCUACGACCCCACCAGAGAGACGGCCUGCUCUUUCUCUAUGAGUGUGUCAUGGGCUUGAGAGCUGUGGGCCGCUAUGGGGCUAUUCUGGCUGACGAGAUGGGUUUGGGGAAGACCCUCCAGAGCGUGGCGCUGUCCUGGACGUUGCUUAAACAAGGCCCUUACGGUGGGAAACCAGUCGCUAAGCGUGUCCUUGUGGUCACCCCUGGCAGCCUAGUGCACAACUGGGGUGCGGAGUUUAACAAGUGGCUGGGCCGUGAGAGGAUCAACGUUUUCACUGUGGAUCAGGACCACAGGAUUGAGAAGUUUGUGUUAUCUCCUCUGCACAGCGUUCUUGUGAUCAGCUAUGAGAUGCUGCUGCGCUGCCUGGAGCAGGUACAGAAAGUGGAGUUUGAUCUUGUGAUAUGUGACGAGGGCCACAGAUUAAAAAACAGCAGCAUCAAAACGUCCUCAGCCCUCAGCAGCCUGAGCUGUAAUCGCAGAGUCAUACUAACAGGCACCCCGGUACAGAAUGACCUGCAGGAGUUCUACGCUAUUAUAGAGUUUGUUAACCCGGGGAUUCUUGGGUCGUCUACUGGGUAUAGAAAAGUAUAUGAGGAGCCGAUUCUACGCUCCAGACAGCCCUCCUGCACUGAGGAGGAGAGCGUUUUGGGAGAAGAGCGGGCAGCAGAGCUCUCUCGCCUGACUGGCAUGUUCAUCCUGAGACGGACACAGGAGAUCAUCAACCGCUACUUGCCUCCUCGUCUUGACUGGACAUUGUUCUGCGACCCGUCCCCUCUGCAGCGAGAGUUGUACCAGCAACUCCUGGGCCACAGAGUCUUCAGAGCCUGCCUUCAGGGCUCCACGCAAACUCACACACACUUGGCCUGCAUCACUGCACUGAAGAAGCUCUGUAACCACCCUGGUCUGCUCUACGCCACCGUCAAGGAAAAAGCCGACAGUGGUUCAGUGGAGAACUCUUUAUAUGAGGGCCUGGUUGAGCUCUUCCCAGAAUCCUACUCUUCAGGUGGAUUCAACACGGCUGACUCUGGAAAACUUCUGGUGCUGUCGGACUUGCUGUCCGCCAUCAGGCAACUUAACCCUUCAGACAGGGUGGUUGUAGUGUCCAACUAUACUAAGACACUUGACCUGCUCCAGGACUUGUGUGUACAUGUAGGCUACACCUUCUGCCGCCUAGACGGACACACCCCCACCAGCCAGAGACAGCGGCUGGUUGACGGUUUUAACAGUCAUUACUCUCAGAACUUCCUGUUUCUGCUGAGCUCCAAAGCAGGUGGUGUGGGGCUUAAUCUGAUCGGUGCUUCCCACCUCGUGCUGUAUGAUAUUGACUGGAACCCUGCUAAUGACAUGCAGGCCAUGGCUCGAGUGUGGAGAGAUGGACAGAAGAAGACGGUGCACAUUUAUCGUCUCCUCACUGCAGGCACUAUUGAAGAGCGUAUAUUCCAGAGACAGGUAUCCAAACAGGGGCUUUCUGGGACGGUCGUUGAUCUGGGCAAAAAGGCGGAGCACACUAACUUCUCCACCAGUGAACUGCGAGAUCUUUUUAGCCUGACAGAAACGCUCUGUCUAACACACGACCUGCUGAACUGCAGCUGCAGCAUGGAUGGCUCAAUCCAGGCUGUCGUAGAGGAAGAGGAGCAGGUUUCUGAUAGGCCGUGCCAGCUCGGUCGUCAAGGUGACCACGGAGGGGCGCAGCAGAAGCCUUUUAGCAUGUCCGAGCUGAUGCAGUGGAGACAUUUCUCUGGUGACAAACACACCUUCUCAGACCCUUACCUUGAUCUUGCACGGAAACACAUCACCUUCGCCUUCCAGACCACCAUCUCUCACACAGCUCCUUAAACAAACACACACAGAUUACACGUCAGAUAUAGAUGACUCACACACAUACACCCACACACACAAACACACACACACACUCUCUGGGCUUUGUAAGCAGCCUGGCUACCACAUAUGACUAAACCCUCAACAGUGCUGCCAACAACCGCAAUAAGUGACAAUUGUGAGAUUCUGUGUCUUGCCUUUAACGUUUUCUUUAUUGUUCAAAGUAAUUGACUGUAAAACUUUAUCAAAUAAAUGAAAUUCAAAAGGAA